AUGAGCAACUGCGCAGAAAGGGAGUUUGGACGCAACGUCACAAAUGCCCCUGUGGGAAAGACGGCUUUUGUAGGACUACCACUGACGGCGAAUGCGCCGCAGAGGAGUGGUGCCGUUGAACGCAUUCGGCAGCCACAAAAGCGAAAUGAUCGGGAGGAGGGGCACGAGGAUGCCGCUCAUGUUGUCACAGCGGUGGGGGCCAAGAGACGGUGCACGGAGGAGGGAAUUCUCUGCCAGCCUCCAUGUGGGGCAGUGGGGCAGGUGGAGGCACUGGCGGUGAAGCAGCGGCCUGUCAUGAAUCCCGCAUGCAGCAUGUCAGGAAGUGUCAGUAGCAUCGAAGCCUAUUUUGACGAGGGCGUGGAGGCAUCGCGGGAGUCUUCGCCCGCUUGCGCGGAGUUGUUGAGGGCGGUGGAGGAGGCUGAAACGGCGGUGAUGGUUGAUCUGCGCUGCGUGUGCGGCGGCGCACCCGGCUCCCUGCACUCCCCUUUAUUGUUGGAAUCAAGUUCUUCUCCCCCCGUGAUCCCGCUGCUGUAUUGA